AUGAUAUAAAAACAGUCUCAUCUGUCAAUCAUGACGUAUGACAUGGUUGGUCAGGUUUGGGACCUCGACCCACGGCUCCACAAUCAGAGAUAUUUUGGCUUCCUUCAUGUACAUGGGACGAGUGUCGUCCAUCUUUAUACGGUCUGCAACAACAACCCUCAAACAGUGUGACGGUCUUCGUGACAUUAAUCUCCCUCCAUAUUUUCCUCCACAACAUUUUAAACCGGCACAGCGAAUCACAGAGCAGAGAAGUGAUGCUCCAGGAGCUGCUGCCUCCUCCAGACCCGACUGAUGACACGAGUUUUAUCUCCUGUUGACAAAGACUGAUCAAACUUUAUUCAAACCAUCUCCGUCAGCAAUGAAUAAAAACACAGGGACAUGUUUGGAUUUUAAUCAAGAAAAUGUGGAGUUAUCGAACAAAGUGCUGAAGAUUCUCUUCUUUUAGACCGGCUCCCCCCCCUCCACCAUGAGCCGCCCUUCAAGUUCGGUGGCGGCGGCUGAGCUCUACGGCGACAGCACCUCACCGGUGUCUCUGGACUCCAGUGUUUUCUUCAGCGAGACGACGGCGUCCUGCGUCAGAGACGUUGACUUCUUCAUCAUCAACGUUGGAGGGAGUCGCUACGUGCUGUCCCAGGAGCUGCUGGCGUCCUACCCAGAGACCCGGCUGGGGAAACUGGCCUCCUGCAGCCGAGACUCGGCUCUGGAGCUCUGCGAUGACGCGGACCUCCUGGAGAACGAGUUCUUCUUUGACCGAAAUUCACAGACCUUCCAGUACGUGAUGAACUUCUACCGGACGGGUCACCUGCACGUCAGGGAGGAGCUGUGUGAGGUCUCCUUCCUGCAGGAGAUUGAGUACUGGGGCAUCGACGAAGUUCGGAUCAACCCUUGCUGCCGCGAGCGUUACUAUCGCCGCAAGGAGCAGAAGGAGAGCCUCGAUGUUCAGGGAGAGUUUGAGGCUGAUGAUGAUGAUGAAGAUGAUUUUAUAGGCGCUGUCUUCCCUGCUCUCCGCAGACGCCUUUGGGACCUUCUGGAGAAACCUGACUCAUCACGGGCAGCUCGCACCUUCAGCUCACUGUCCCUGCUCUUCGUGGGGCUGUCGCUGAUCAACAUGGUGCUCAUCUCGCUGGACUUAGGGGAGGACGUUGGAGUGAGUGACGUUGGAAUUAGCGCACCGUUACUGUUUGAUGCCCUGGAGUACGUGUGCGUGGUGUGGUUCACGGGCGAGCUGGUACUUCGGUUUCUCUGUGUGAGGGAUAAGUGUCGGUUCAGCCAGAACAUCCUCAACGUGAUCGACCUGCUGGCCAUCCUGCCCUUCUAUGUGACGCUGGCGGUGGAGAACCUCCAUGGAGGAACCACCGAGCUGGAGAACAUGGGCCGCGUGGUGCAGGUCCUCCGACUCCUCAGGUCCCUCCGCAUGCUGAAGCUGGGACGACACUCGACAGGCCUGAAGUCUCUGGGUAUGACCAUCGCUCAGUGCUACGAGGAAGUCGGCCUCCUGCUCCUCUUCCUCGGCGUCGGCAUCUCCAUCUUCGCCAUGGUGGUCUUCGCUCUGGAGCACGACCUUCCUGCCACGACCUUCACCAGCGUACCAGCCGCUUGGUGGUGGGCCACCACCUCCAUGACCACGGUCGGCUACGGGGACAUCCGGCCCGACACGGUUUUAGGGAAGGUGCUGGCCUUCCUCUGCAUCCUGUCCGGGAUCCUCAUCCUGGCGCUGCCCAUCGCCAUCAUCAACGACCGCUUCUCCGCCUGCUACUUCACCCUGAAGAUGAAAGAGGCGGCGAUGCGGCACGGCGAGAUGCUCAAAAGGCUGGCCCGGGGCUCGAUGGUGGAGACAGGAGGGGGGUGGGGAGGCGUGAACCUAAGGGACGCCUACGCCAGGAGCGUCCUGGAGAUGUUGAGGCGAGCGAGCACUCGCAGCAGCAGAGGAGAGGAACUGUGGUGGUAGAACCAGGAGACGAGACCUGGUGGUUGAUGUUUCCCAUAAUGCACUGCUUCACCAUGCUUCUGGAAACUGGAUUUAUUGCUACAAAAAUCUUGCUUCAGUGGAAAGUUGUUUUUUCCUCCAUAUACAACGUGGUCUCUCUGCACCACCUUAAAAACCAUCGGUGCCUCACCGUCAUCACUCUGAGAAUCAGUCAUCAGUAAAUUCUCCUGUGGGUCAGAGCGGUCCCUUCAAAUGUCACAGUGACUGAAUCAAAUCACUGACCUGGGAGCCACAGACGUUCCUCUCUCUCGCUGUCGGGUUUGGAGAUUGGACAUCAGAUGUUUUUGUCUUUUCAUGUCUUUCCUUUGUCUUUCCUUCAUCACAAAAAUAUGAACAGAUUCAAACUGGAACCAGCAGUUUGAUACCACGACCUUUUCUCAUGUGCAAUUUUAUCCCACAGCGUGUUGUGACCUUUGACCUCCCGGCUCUCUCUCUCUCUCUCUCUCUCUCUCUCUCUCUGAAAGAACCUCUUUUUAUUUCUUCUUAAAAAUGUAAAAUGCAGAUGUGAUGCUCCAGUUAGUUUUUUCUCUGGCUGCAGAGCCGGAGGCAUCAAACGGUGAAUUCAGGUCAGUGGUGAAGUCAGCGAGGCAGGAGAUCAUCGGCUGUACCUGUGGUGAUGGUCCAGAUUAAAAAGAGAGGGAGAGAGGAGGAGUUUUAUCGAGACAUGACGUGAACCUGAGAAAAGCUGUUUGGACCGCGACGAUUUGAGACAUGAAGCAAACAGUGUUGAGCUCCACUGAAAAAUCUCCUGUCCUACUUAACGUCAGCUCAGUUGAGACGAGCUUGUUUUCCACUCCGGUCUGUUGAGGUUCCCCAGAGAACCGGCGUCGUUCCAGCUCGACUCACCGAUCAUCUGCUCCUCUUGUUUCCAGAAACACUCAGAAUCAGCAAAGACGAGGGACGACCUCUUUAAAGCAUCAACAGGACGGAGCCACAGACGUUUAGUGUCGACUUCAUGUGUUUAACUCAGAGGAUCUUUGCUUUACAGAGUAAAACUCACACAGAGUCACUGGAGAAUAAGAAUCUGUCUCUGACGACCUGGAUAUUAUGUUAAAUACACGAUGUUAAUUAAAGCAAAGAAUAUUAUCUCACACACACACACGUUGAAAAAUUAAAUCGACCUCCAUCCACACAAGCGUUUCAGCUCCUUAUCAGAAAUAUUAUAAAUAUUAAUAUCCACACUAACACACAUGAAAACACACGUCACAUGACCAUGACCGUACUCUGGUCAUGUGAUGUAAACAGGAAGUGGAUUGUCUCCUCUGCAGUUGGUUGCUUAGUUACAGAAAAACUACGGACGAGGAACUCGACGAUGAAAAGUAGGAGCAACGAUUUCUGUCCCGUUUCGAAGUCUUGUUCAAAUGUGUCCUUCGAUCUCCAAGGUUUUAAUAAAUCUAUUACACGGACAGAGUAAAGAAAUGUGAGUAAGAAAUAUAACAGCUUCAGUUUACUUCCACAACAUGAUGAAAUGUUUCUUACGCUUCCUCCUCCCCUCAUGGUCAGCCGUGCUUUCUGAAAAAGAGGGCGUGGCUUUGCUGCAGUCGCAGGCUUCACUUUGCUUCCUCUCUGUUGGUGGGUGUGUCAGAGGUGUCAUCCAAUCAGCAGCGACGUGUAUAAACUCCGCCUUAUGAAAGAGACGGUGACACGAUGGAUCGUAAAGAUGCAGCAGCUGCUGUUUCACAUCGAAGGAAACUGUUAGGAGACAAGUUUAUAUUUUAUAAUGAAGUUAUUUAGUAAAAUGAAUCAUCUGAAUCUGUCCUAACAUCAAGUGUAUUAUUAAACACAUUUAAACUCAUGUCAUCUUCGUCCCAGGUUUCUUCCACCAGAAGAAGAAGAAUGACCUUCUCAGCUGCUGUCGUUCAACAGAGUGAUAAACACGCCACAUCAACGUGUAGAUUCAAGUCUUACUAGGUUUUGCUCGAGCUGAACUCAGGUUCAUGAAACUACAGGCAGCACCUCCACAUUCAACACUGAGACCUGUAGCAGAAUAUCAUUCAUAAUCUUUGAGCUUUCUUUAGUGUGAAAUGUAGAAAUAUUCAAACUAAACAAGGAUCCUCUCAUCAUCGUCCUCUGGUCACAGUGUGUCCUCAUGUGAUGACACGUCUUUUGCCUGCUGGCGUGUCCUGUGUCCGUCCUCUCUGCUGGGACUCUGUCCUCUCUGCUUCUAAAACCAGCUUCAUGAAUUCAUUCAGCUCCAGUGAAGCGACGAGGAAUCUAACAUGGAGGAGGAGGGGUUCAUGACCUAUACU